GAAAAUACAGAAGGAGAGGGAACGCGGGGUUUUUCCCAUUUAUGCACAUUCUAUUUUAAAAGCACUAAAAUACACCGAGUACACAAAUGAUGCCCUGUCUGUGUUUUUUUUUUCCUUUUUUUUUUCUUCUUGAAAACUAUUUGCGCCCCCUUCCUAUCUCUCCACGCCCCCCUGUUUGAGAACAACUGGGAAUCUACACACGGUAGUCCCACGCUGUCAUAAUAAGAGUUUUAAAAACAGUGCCUUGCAUCAUUCUUCACCCACUUGUUAAUGUUAUAUGUCAAGAACCUUCUCAAAAUAACUCUCAGGCGAAUCCCCUGUUUACCCAGCAACUGACUUGAUGGACAGCGUCUUCUAGGCAGAGUUGAGAAAGAACAUUUGCCUCCCUUAACGGAAAAAGACCUCUUUCCCGACAUCCAAUAUGAGUGGUGUGGCAGAACGGAUUUUGGAAAAUAAGGACAAGAUUGAAAAGGGAGUGGAGAUCCUAGGUAAAGGCUGUGAGUUCCUGGCAGUCACUGUAGGCCAGUUCAAUCCCAUCCUGGAGGCAGUUUUUAGGGUCUCAGCUGAGAUCCUUUGCAACCCAGAGGGCAAGGAGGCGAAGUAUCUUGCUGAUCAGUUUGAAAGUGUCAACCAGAAGUUGGAAAACAUUGAAAAAACACAGCUGGCACUGCAGCGAUCAUUGUUGAACAUGGAGAACUUUAAGUUCUACACACAGAUAAUCAACCAGUAUGAAAUGUUUAAAUAUAUAUUUACAGCCAAACCCCAGUAUAAAAGGUUGAAGAUAAACGAGUUCCUCAUCUACUUUGAGGUAUAUGAUGGAGAAAAGAACCUUGAUUGCUUGUACGAUGCCUUCACUAGAGAGAACUCUUCUGGAGAUCCAAUGCUGACCACUAUACUGGCCACCGAGCAGCGGAGCAGGAGGGCAGUGGAGGAAUUCUGUGCUUCGAUGAAGAAGGUGUUUGUGGUUGGGAUCAUGGCAUUGAUGGGCUACGCUGCGCUAAAGGAAGGCACUGUUGAAGAGGAUAUGGUGAAGAAAUGGCAAGACCGUAUGGAGGAGGUGGAGAAGCGCAUGAAGGCAGCAGUAGAUGAAUGUGUGGACAACUUUCCUGCACAAGCCAAGAUUGAUAUAAAUCAGAAGCUUACAGAGAGGCAGAGCAGUGUCGACCCUGAGUUUACUAAAUUCAUACUGGAUGCCCUUGUCAAGAAGUAUGACUGGGUGUCCUGGUCAGUUAGGGUGUUUGAAGAUGAUGACAGCAAACUUGGGAAGUUUCUGUUUGGCAAGAGGCACCAUGUAAAUGGAGGUGACAAUUAUUUUGAGCUUUUGUGCAGUAAUAAAAUAAUGAUUGUGGUGUCUUUCACUGAGGACCCUAAACCGCUCAACAAGAGUCAGAUAAAUGAUCAAAUAGAGGAAAAGAAACGUGAUAUGAAAUCUAUGGCUGAGUCUCUAUGUAGGAGUUUUCCUAACUGCCAUGUGCAUGCUGUCAGUCACGCUAACAGAGUGGAGGAAGCCAAUAAUUUCAACCCUGAGCACUUUUAUUAUAUACAUCACAAAAAAGCUUACAUUUGUAUCCACUCAGAAUAAUGGAAUUUAGAUCAAACUAAAUCUAUUAAUGCCAAUCAGAGUCUACACUAUCUGCUCUAUUUGGAUUCUCCAGGCUCCUAUUAAUUAACAGAUUCUACAUUUAGACAAAAAUUUAUGCUUGUUGUUGUUGUUGUUGUUGUUGUUGUAGCACUUAAUCAUGGAAACAAGACAGAUUUAGACUGAGGGUCAAAGCACUAUGGCUUGACAGGAACACAUUAGGCUCUAAAGAAAGAAAUAUGAACAGAAAAGAAGUUUAAUUUUGUUUUAAUGUCCAUACCUUAUAUAAACCCUUACAUAUGUAAAUAAACCCAAAGUUUAUUAAACCUAUUCCCAGCUUAUGACCUUUUUUUUUUUCUGAUACACCUAAUGUAAACACUGGUUACAUUCCCAGCAUUUUUAUUUUAUAUUGUUAUAUCUUUUUGCAUUACCCGUUACUAUUGUCCUGUUUCAGUAAUUAUUGUACUACCUUGUGCUGUUUGCACAUGCACUUUAUACAGUCCUGUGUAGGUCUUAUUUAGUUCUGUGUAAUCUCAUGUAUUUUGGUGUUGUGUUAUGUAGCAUCAUGACCCUGAAGGAAUGUUGUUUCAUUUCACUGUGUACUCUACCAUCUGUAUAUGGUUCAAAUGACAAUAAAGCCAGAAUACAGACUUUCCCUUCUAAACUCAGUGCAUGAACUUGUCAAUCUAUUAGAGCUUACUGUUAAAUACAGGCUUUUAAGCUAUUAUUAGAUUUUACCAUUACAUCAUUGAGCAUUAGUAAUUAAUACAUAAGUAAUGCAUAUAAAAUGAUUAAUAAAUGAUACUAUUGAAAUAUCUAA